AUGGAUUUUUUGUCCGGACGAGGAAAGGAUUUUUUCACUAUACAUGUAAUAAUCUUUCAAUUCUUAAGCUAUUCUUUCAAACGUGGAACAAAGAAUGAAAAAGGAUGGAGUUGUCGAGGUAGGCCGUUGAAGACAGAGUUUGGGGCUAUAAUGGGAAUGAAGCUGGCGACUACUGCAAGGAGGAAAAAAGGGAAGGGACGAGUGCGCAUUCUUCUGUACCCAUAUUAA